AUGACAAACAGCCCUGAGAUCCGUACUGCUCGCCGUCUAGGUAUCCUAGAGACUGGCUCUGCUGCAUAUCACCUGAUGGGCUUAUAUCGCUGCGUUAUAAUAUCAGCGCGUUAUGAUGUCCCUCCAAACACAUCUCCAGAUGAGGCCAUCCUUGCUGCCAUAGCAAAUCUCGUUAGUGAGAACCCUAUGCUCCGGGUAGGCAUCCAAGGAGAAGGCGACAUCGAAGCCUACUUUACACACGUGCCUGAGAUGAGACUGAGCGAUUUCGUGGAAUUUCGCACUUGGGGCCCUGGAGAGGAUUAUGACAAGUGUUUGAAUGACUUACAUUGCGAACUGCAUGACCAGUUCUGGCCGGAUAUUGAGACGCGGCCUCCGUGGCGGGUUAUGGUUGGCAGGCCGUCCGGAGUCAGAGAGGAUAACGGAGCUCCUUUCUUCGAGAAUGUUAUCUUUGCUUUUCACCACUCUCUUAUGGACGGCAUGGGUGGAAGGCUAUUUCAUGAGAAACUGCUCGCCCAUCUGAACGCUCUGCCUGCGAACCCGUCAGCCCCAGAAGUCCUGUCCUUUCCCGAACCACCAGUGCUCCCUGAACCACAAGAGAAGGUCAUCGACUAUACGUCGACACUGUCUGGCCGAGCUACUCUUCUUUGGAAACGAUACCGACCUUGGUUUCUUACUCCUGCUCCGCCAAAGAUAUGGGCUGGUGAACCUAUUGACUUCGAUCGCCACAAGACUCGCUUGAUUACCUUGGAUAUACCACCAGCCGUCGUAGUAACCGCCCUAAAAGAGUCGCGCGCUCACGGGACUUCUAUGACGGGUUUUCUGCAUGCCCUUGUCCUUGCAUCGCUCUCAAGACGUAUUCCAACCGCCCCAGCCUUCAUCUCCUCAACACCCAUAAGCAUGCGUCCCUACAUAUCACCCAAUGCUGACCCUGCCACCAAAGACGCACUCUUCGGUGCUGUUACCGGCAUGUCACAUGAGCACUCUUCAUCAGCAGUGGCUGCCUUUCAAGCUGCAAAGGGUAAUGAGAUCAACGAUCUUAUCUGGAGCUACGCAAGGAAAGUUAAGGAUGAGCUCAAGAAAAAGACAUCUACAAUCCCUGUGGACGAUGACAUGCAGAUACUCUCGACCAUCACCGAUUGGCAAGCACUUCUACGGAAGAAGGAUGGCCAACCGCGACCUCGAUCGUGGGAAGUUAGCAACGUCGGCACUCUUCCAGCUCCUGCUAAGGAGGCGGAUAAGAGGAGUAUUCAUCGUAUGCUCUUUACAAAUGGCGUCAUGGUUUCAAGUGAUCCUAUGAGUAUUAGUGUUGCAAGUAUCAAGAACGGUCCUUUGACGAUGGGUAUUACAUGGAAUGAUGGGAUCGUGGAAGAUAAGAUCAUUGAGGGGCUGAGAGACGAUUUGGCGACGUAUCUCAGGCGCUUGCAUGAGACAGGGAUAAUGACUGACGAGUCGUAG